AUUUGACAGAUGUUGUUUUAGUUUAAUAUCUCUCUCCCAAUUCCAAUCUUUAUUUUGUGGUGUGUGUCGUGAGCGCCCCGCAACGAUGCAGUCCUUUCGCCAAUACCGACGGAUGCGCAGAGACCUGCAAGAAAGCAUUAAGCUACACGGCCCGUAUGCCGCUGCUGGCGAUCGUCAUGUACAGCCGACUGAUGACAUUUUGGAGGAUGCCGAUGAUGCCAGACUGGAAAAGGGCAUUCAUUCAAUGGACGGACACGGCCAAUCACCAUACUCCACGCCAGGGAUCGUCCUCCACGACGGUCAAAGAGUGACUGUUCCUGGAGUCAACCUCCGCCGCGCCUCCGAAAUAUGUGAGCGUGUCAAUACUAAAACAUUAUUCAUUGUCGGUUUCGAUGGCCCAGAUGACGAACUCAAUCCCAAAAACUGGUCCAUAGGACGGAAGUGGGCGACAUUGGGCAUUGUCGGCACAACGGGUAUGCUUGUUGGAUGGGCUUCCUCCAUCGACUCAACUGUGAUUAAACAAGGGCAAGAGGCGUUCGGAGUCAGCGAAGUCGCCGAGUCUCUCGCAACUGCCCUGUUCCUGUUCGCAUUCGGCUUCGGUUCUUUGGUAGCAGCACCUUUUUCUGAGACAGUUGGGCGGAAUCCAGUCUACAUAGCGACGCUGUCCAUUCUUAUGAUCUUUACCAUGGCUUCAGGUCUGGCUCCAAAUUUUGGAGCUCAGCUUGCCUUCCGCUUCCUAGCCGGAUUAUUCGGAUGUACACCGAUGACUACCUUUGGUGGCAGCAUGGCGGAUAUCUUUGACCCCAUGGACCGCACAUACGCCUUUCCAGUUUGCUGCACGCUGUCAUUCCUGGGGCCAUUUCUAGCUCCAAUGGUUGGAGCAUUCAUCGGCCAAAGCACACACAUCAGCUGGCGCUGGACGGAAUGGGCCACGUUGAUCAUGGCUGCAUUAGUGACCGGCGCGAUCUUCCUGUUUGUUCCAGAAACAUAUGGUCCCGUACUAUUGCAGUGGAAGGCUAAGCAGCUGCGUGAGAUUACCGGUGACCAGCGAUUCAUGGCGGAGAUUGAGCUUCGCCAAACCUCACUCGUGACUAGGUUGAUGCACAGCUGCUCCCGUCCCUUCCAUCUAUUCUUUCGGGAGAUCAUGGUAGCACUUUUUACCAUGUAUCUGGUCGUGGUCUACAUCGUCCUAUUCGGGUUCCUGACAGGCUAUGAGUUCAUCUUUGGUCGGACAUAUGGGUUUACUCAAGGGUCUGUGGGUCUGACAUUCAUCGGCAUGAAUGUAGGAUUCUUGAUCGCCUUCGCCAUGGUGCCACAUAUCUACUUCUCAUACAAAAAGCGGCUCCUGAAUGCGAUUGAAAAUGGACACAAUGGGUUACCUCCGGAAGAGCGGCUUUGGUUCGCUAUGUAUGGAGCACCCUGGCUACCAAUCUCUCUUUUCUGGAUGGGCUGGACCAGCUAUCCGUCUAUCUCAUACUGGUCACCGCUAAUCGCGUCUGUGGCUUUCGGGUUCUCUGUCCAAGGAAUCUUUAUCUCCACAUAUCAGUACCUCAUCGACACAUAUGAGCUCUUCGCAGCCAGCGCCUUGGUAAGUGCAACUUUCUUCCGUUAUAUCGCUGCUGGCGCGAUGGUCAUCGUGUCGAUUCCGAUGUACGGAAAUUUGGGCGUACAUUGGUCACUCACAUUGCUGGGAUGUAUCUCGGUCCUGAUGACGCCUGUGCCGUAUAUUUUCUAUAAGUACGGACACGUCAUUCGGCAGCGGAAUAAAAAGACGCCUUGAGGAGGGUAUCGGAGCUGUGUCGUUCAACUGUUGGAAUGUGGAUGGUGUGAAGCAGUGGCAAGUUAAUGUCAAUAUCAGUGUCGAUGGAAUGGGGGCGGGAAAAGUUAGUAGAUGCAAUUAAUUGGAUUCACCGAAGAGCCCAUCGUGGUAGUUCACCGUUAACGUGAAACAUGCGACUGCGUCCCUGGUCGGUAGAGGUGCCCUGGUGAAGCUUCAUCUGCCGAAAGGAGCUUGACACAUUUUGGUAUAGUUGGAUCAGCGACUGCUGUAUCCGAUAGUGAUAGUCGAAGGAGGUUAUGAAGUCAGGAAAAUGAGGGUAACAAACGUCAUAGUAGGACCAGCUACUGCUGUAUCCGAUGGCGGAUGUUAAGAGAGGGCAAGAAUGAAGACACAAAA